AGCUCCAGCAUCAUCAUGCGGCAUUUCGCGCUGUAUUUACUUGCAAGCAAAUAUCUCUCGGUGGCAUUUGCCUGGUCAGCUGAAGAGUUUGCAUUAUAUGAUUUGGUGGAGGAGGUUGCCGAGAAUUUCUACGAAUUCUUCGGAGUUCCACAGGAUCGUUUUGCGGAAGGCCCAUGGCCUUCUCUUUUAAAGAUUGCGAAAGAAAUUGCUAUUUGUCCUCCCAAAUGUCAUUUUACAGUCACAUUAAUUCGUCGUCAGAGCUCACUGAAGGAAGACUGGUUGUCAGGGAUAACUGAGGAAGGGUGGAGACUGUAG